AUGUGGUCAGCGAGGGAUGUGUUACUUGUCCUUACUGUAUCGCUACAACUAUUUCUCUUAGCGGAACAAGUGCCAUGUGACAGUAAUCCAUGUCAGAAUGAUGCAUUGACAUGUAUGGAUGGAGAAACCGAAUAUUUCUGUCAAUGUGCUGUGGGAUAUGAAGGGGAUAGCUGUGAAAUCCCAAACGGUGCAAGAUGUGGUGGGACAUUCAUCGGUGACACCGGGGACAUCUUCUCACCAGGGUGGCCAGGCGAAUAUCCCGACAAAUCUUCUUGUAUUUGGUUAGUUUUGAUACCCAAUGCCGACGAAAUACUCUUCAAUAUUGUGUCCUUUGACACCGAGUGGAACAAAGAUGCCGUAGAAAUCGGCGCUGGGACCGACACCUAUGGUUUUGUGGAGCAUACAUUGAUGGGGUCUGGCGCAAACGUCACGGAUCACGUGACGAUAUCAUCCAAUAGAGCUUUCAUCUUAUUCACAUCUGAUCGCAAUAAACCGAGACCAGGCUUCCAUCUUCAAUUUGAGAAUCCGAAUCCAGAAAGCGGUGGUCCAGAGGAAGUAACAAUCACUGACUUCACGACAACGACGUCAACAAUCACGUGGAGUGCGGUAGAGGGUGCUGAAGCAUACAUUGUUGAAUACAAUCCACAGGAUGGAACUACUGGCUCUCCUAUAAGAGUUGAAUCUUCAGAAGCCAGGGAGAUGACAUUUGAAGGAUUGACCCCUGGACGGUUAUAUACAUAUCAAGUGAAAGCAGUUAUAAAUGGACAGGAAGGUGUUGCCACGACAACGCAGGGUGCCACAGAAUCGAACAGACCAGGCGACCCCGUACAACAAGCGGCUACGAAGGAAUCUGUUACCGUGGGAUGGGGUGCUCCCCUGGGGGGAUUUGAUAGCUACGAGCUUAGUUAUGAGCCAGCUGACGGAACCCCUCAGCCACCGAUAUCUCUGUCACGUGACAUAAGGGAAUACACUGUGGAUGGUCUUAUGCCUGGUAGAAAGUAUACAUUUUAUGUGUCUGCUGUCAACGGAGAGGUUAGCAGCGCCGCCAGUGUUGGGUAUGCUUCAACAGUACCAAACGCCGUGGCGGAGAUUAUACCUGGUGCUGUUGACACCUCCACAAUCCCCAUAUCAUGGGUUGCAGGCGAAGGCGAGUAUCAAGAGUUCGAAAUAAUGUACGCCCCACACGACGGAAUUCAGCAACUACCAAUCUCUACAACCAGUACUGAAACUGUUAUUUCCGGUCUCGAACCUGGAAGAAGUUACAAUAUUAGUGUGAACGCGCUAUCUGGUGGAUAUAAGGGCGAAGGGAAAUACAUUGUCACCUCCACAGCUCCGAUGGGACCCGAGCGCACACAAGUCGGUGAGGUCACUGGAACAACUAUUCAAGUGACUUGGGAUGCGCCCGGCAUGGGCGAAUUUGAUCAUUAUGAGCUGUCCUAUGGUGACGGUGAGAUCAUUACCAUCGGGAAAGAUGAGCUGACCGAGUACACUCUCACCGGUCUUACCGAUGGUAACGAAUACACGAUUGAAGUGCGUACAGUCAGUGGUGACGGUGUCCGAAGCGAAGCGGCUGUUGUAUCACAGAUUGCCGGGCAAGCCAAUCCGUGCAGCGGCCAACCCUGUAAUAAUGACGGUGUAUGCCGACCAACAAAAGAGGGCGGUUUUGAGUGUAUUUGCACUACAGGGUGGAUGGGAACACUGUGUGAAACAAUGGUUGAAAUGGAUAUGUGUGAAUUCAGUCCGUGUAUGAAUGGUGGUACUUGUAAUAUGAUUGAUGGACAGUCAUUUACUUGUUACUGUCCUGGUGGAUGGAGUGGAUUUUUCUGUGAAGAGAGAGGGGAUCCGAUGCCAUGUGAAAGUAACCCAUGUGAACGCGGUGGUACGUGCGAAGAUGAUGAAUGGGGGGUUACAUUUACAUGUCAGUGCCUCGGUGGGUGGGGAGGUGCGACAUGUACACAAGAACUCGAUCGAUGUGAUUCAAAUCCUUGUCAAAAUGACGGUACAUGUGAAAGAACUGACGAGGGUUAUCUGUGUACUUGCACAACAGCAUGGGAUGGUCCUGAAUGUCAAUUUGAUGUUGAUGAAUGUGUCGGUAAUCCAUGCCAAAAUGGAGGUUCAUGUCUCAAUGAAUUGGGCGGGUAUUAUUGUGAUUGUCCAGGUGGAUGGACUGGAGAAAUCUGCGGAGAAGUGAGUAUGAAUCCCUGUGACAGUGAUCCGUGUCAGAAUGGUGGACAAUGUGAGGUUGAAGAUGAUGGGUUUAAAUGUGUUUGCUUAGAUAAGUGGUCUGGAACAUUGUGUGACGAAUAUGAUUAUGAUGUAUGUGGUGACCAGCCCUGCCAGCAUGGUUUCUGUGAACCAUCAGUUAAUACAUUUACGUGUACAUGUGAUGAUGGAUACACAGGAGAAUUAUGUGAUACAGCAAUUGAAGCAACUGGUGCUCAACUUGCCUGUGAGAGUCAACCUUGUCAAAAUGGGGGCACUUGUGUUGAAGGUGAUAAUAUGUAUACUUGUGAAUGUCCCGUUGGUUUCAUGGGAACACAUUGUGAAGAAGCGAUUGAAGCAACUGGUACUCAACUUUCCUGUGAGAGUCAACCUUGUCAAAAUGGGGGCACUUGUGUUGAAGGUGAUAAUAUGUAUACCUGUGAAUGUCCUGCUGGCUUCAUGGGAACACAUUGUGAAGAAGCGAUUGAAGCAACUGGUGCUCAACUUGCCUGUGAGAGUCAACCUUGUCAAAAUGGUGGCACUUGUGUUGAAGGUGAUAAUAUGUAUACAUGUGAAUGUCCUGCUGGCUUCAUGGGAACACAUUGUGAAGAAGCAAUUGAAACAACUGGUGCUCAACUUACCUGUGAGAGUCAACCUUGUCAAAAUGGUGGCAUUUGUGUUGAAGGUGAUAAUAUGUAUACAUGUGAAUGCCCUGCUGGCUUCAUGGGAACACAUUGUGAAGAAGCGAUUGAAGCAACUGGUGCUCAACUUGCCUGUGAGAGUCAACCUUGUCAAAAUGGUGGCACUUGUGUCGAAGGUGAUAAUAUGUAUACAUGUGAAUGUCCUGCCGGCUUCAUGGGAACACAUUGUGAAGAAGCGAUUGAAGCAACUGGUACUCAACUUACCUGUGAGAGUACACCUUGUCAAAAUGGUGGCACUUGUGUCGAAGGUGAUAAUAUGUAUACUUGUGAAUGUCCUGCUGGCUUCAUGGGAACACAUUGUGAAGAAGCGAUGGAAGCAACUGGUGCCUUACUUGCCUGUGAGAGUCAACCUUGUCAAAAUGGGGGCACUUGUGUCGAAGGUGAUAAUAUGUAUACAUGUGAAUGUCCUGCUGGCUUCAUGGGAAUACAUUGUGAAGAAGAGCUUACUGUAACAAAUGAGUGUGAUAGUGCACCUUGUAUGAACGGGGCAACCUGUCUUGAUGGCGAUGAUAUGUUUACCUGUGAAUGUGCAGCUGGAUACACAGGAGAAAUAUGCAAUGAAGAUAUUAUUGAGUGUGCAAGUCUGCCUUGUCAGAAUGGUGCAACAUGUAUAGAUGAUGUGAACAAAUACACGUGUUGGUGUAUUGAUGGCUACACUGGAAUUAACUGUGAAGUGGACAUUGAUGAGUGUGCAAGUACUCCCUGUCCACCCACUGCUACAUGUUUUGAUAUGGUGAAUAGUUUUAGAUGUGAAUGUCCUGAUGGAUUCAUGGGAGAUAAUUGUGACGUGCCUAUUGUUAAUGAUGCGUGUGCUGAUCAGUCACCGUGUCAAAAUGGCGGUACAUGUAGCAACACAGAGUCGGACCCAGGUUAUCAGUGCUAUUGUGACAACGGUUGGUAUGGCGACCAGUGUACAGAAUAUGACACAUGUUUUACUGGACCCUGUCAAAACGGCGGAACUUGCGAAGAUGGUGAUGAUACAUACACAUGUAUAUGUCGAGAUGGGUUUACAGGAACAAACUGUGAGAUAGAUGUCGACGAAUGUGCCAGUGGUCCUUGUCAAAAUGGCGGACAAUGUGUUGAUCAAGUGAAUGGUUACUACUGUAUCUGUCCUGACGGUUUUAUGGGAGUAAUGUGUGAAGAAGUGAUUGGUGUCAAUGCGUGCGAGAGCAAUCCUUGUCAAAAUGCUGGCACAUGUAAUGACGCUGAAGGUAUCUACACAUGUGAUUGUCUUGCUGGAUUUACUGGAGUAAAUUGCGAACAAGAUAUUGAUGAAUGUUUAAGUGUGCCAUGUCAGAAUGGUGCAACAUGUAUAAACGAUGUCAACGAAUACACGUGUCAGUGCAUAGAUGGGUACACUGGAAUUAACUGUGAAAUUGAUAUUGACGAGUGUGCAGAUUCUCCCUGUCCACCCACUGCUACAUGUUUUGAUAUGGUGAAUAGUUUUAGAUGUGAAUGUCCUGAUGGAUUUAUGGGAGAUAAUUGUGACGUGCCUAUUGCUACAGAUUUCUGUACUCCCUCACCAUGUUUAAAUGAUGGUACAUGUCAGAAUGAAGAUACAGACAGUGGGUUCAUUUGUUAUUGUUCAGAUGGGUGGUCUGGAGAAAUAUGUGAUGCGUUUAAUGAAUGUAUUAGUGGACCGUGCAUGAAUGGUGGUGUAUGUGAAGAUUUAGACAAUAUGUAUACAUGUAGUUGUCAAGACGGUUUUACUGGAACAAACUGUGAAAGUGAUAUUGAUGAAUGUGCUAGUGACCCUUGUCAAAAUGGCGGUGAAUGUGUUGAUGAAGUUAAUAGUUAUUACUGUAUCUGUCCUGAUGGAUUUAUGGGUGAUGUUUGCCAAGAAGUUCCUCAAACAGAGUCGCCCGAUAUUGAUGAAUGUGUUAGUCAACCCUGUCAAAAUGAUGGUACUUGCAUUGAUGGUGAUGAAAUGUAUACAUGUAUCUGCUCCGCUGGUUUCAUGGGAACAAACUGUGAAGAAAACAUUGACGAAUGUACCAGUGGACCAUGCCAACAUGGUGGGACCUGUGUAGAUGGCAUCAGUGAAUAUACAUGCAAAUGCGUUACUGGGUACACUGGCAGUAAUUGUGGGACUAACAUUGAUGAGUGCGCUUCAGAGCCGUGUGAUAAUAGUGGUCAAUGUGUUGAUGGGUUGGAUGAAUACACAUGUAUAUGUCCAUCCGGAUUCAUGGGUGAAAUAUGUGAUGAAAUUGUCAGUGGAUGUGAUCCUAAUCCUUGCCAGCAUGGUGGAACAUGUCAAGACACUGGUCCUAACCAAUAUGAAUGCACAUGUACUGACGGAUACACAGGAACACAUUGUGAGCUCGAUAUUGACGAUUGUGUCUCUGAACCGUGUCAACACAAUGGGAUGUGUUUUGAUCAACUCAAUGAGUAUGUAUGUGUUUGUACUCCGGGAUAUCAAGGUCAAAAUUGUGAAGAAGAUAUUGAUGAAUGUGCUUCUGGUCCAUGCUUGAAUGAUGGUACUUGUAUUGAUGGUGUUAAUCAGUUCACUUGCAUGUGUUCAACUGAUUAUAUGGGCAUUUUGUGCCAAGAAGAGGUGAAAGGAUGUGAUCCGAACCCUUGUAUGAAUGGAGGUACUUGUGUUGAACAACAUCCAAAUGAUUAUAUCUGUGUUUGUGAUGCCGGAUUUGAAGGACCACACUGUGAAAUAGAUAUUGAUGAGUGUGAAUCGGGACCAUGUCAAAAUGAUGGAAUAUGUGUGGAUUAUGUCAAUGAAUAUACUUGUAUAUGUAUUGGUGGAUUUGAAGGUGUUCACUGUGGUGUGGAUGAAUGUUUGUCAUUUCCUUGCCUAAAUGGUGGUACAUGUAUUGAUGGAGAUCACAGCGUGACUUGUGUCUGUCCAGUGGGAUUUAUGGGAGAUUUAUGCGAAGAAAAUAUCGAUGAAUGUGGAUCCGACCCUUGUGUUAAUGGUGGUACAUGUCUUGAUGGUAUAAAUAAGUAUGUGUGUGCCUGUCCAAUGGGAUAUAUGGGGGAUCACUGUGAAGAAGGUAUAACUACUUCUUAA